GUCUUGGGUGCCACAACUUCCGGUGCGUCAUUUCUUUACAGUUCGUAAACGUCUUGGUUAUAAGAACAGCGAAGGUUCCAGACCGUGAUUGUGCUUGGGACAACUACAUUCUUGUUUGCAUCUGGGUGAAGUGGUUGGAGCUGAAAGGGGAAGGCUGGAGUUAAUUUGUCAAAUAUCUGGGAACGAUUUCACGCUGCGCAAGACCCUCUGGGACUCGUAGUUCCACUCCCGGUAACGGACUCGGCCGGACAGCUGCCGGAAGUGAGGCUGUGGGGAAUGGCCGCUGCUGCGACCAUGGCGGCAGCCGCACGGGAGCUGGUGAUGCGGGCCGGGACCUCAGAUAUGGAGGAGGAGGAGGGCCCGCUGGGGGGUGGCCCUGGGCUCCAGGAACCACUGCAACUUGGGGAGUUGGAUAUCACCUCUAAUGAAUUCAUCCUGGAUGAAGUUGAUGUUCACAUUCAGGCAAAUCUGGAAGAUGAGUUAGUAAAGGAAGCUCUUAAAACGGGUGUGGAUCUUCGUCACUAUUCAAAGCAGGUUGAGCUGGAGCUACAGCAAAUUGAGCAGAAAUCCAUUCGGGAUUAUAUCCAAGAGAGUGAGAAUAUAGCAUCUCUGCACAACCAGAUCACAGCCUGUGAUGCUGUCCUGGAGCGAAUGGAGCAGAUGUUGGGAGCUUUUCAAAGUGACCUCAGCUCCAUCAGCUCUGAGAUCCGGACACUGCAAGAACAGUCAGGAGCCAUGAACAUCCGACUUCGAAAUCGCCAGGCAGUUCGGGGGAAACUUGGGGAACUUGUUGAUGGUCUAGUGGUACCCUCUGCUCUGGUCACGGCAAUUCUGGAGGCUCCAGUGACAGAGCCCAGGUUCCUGGAGCAGCUGCAGGAGCUAGAUGCCAAGGCAGCUGCAGUCAGAGAGCAGGAGGCUAGAGGCACAGCAGCCUGCGCGGACGUUAGAGGCGUACUUGACCGGCUGCGGGUCAAGGCAGUGACAAAGAUCCGAGAGUUCAUUCUCCAGAAGAUUUAUUCCUUCAGAAAACCAAUGACCAACUAUCAGAUCCCUCAGACGGCCCUACUGAAGUACAGGUUCUUCUAUCAGUUCCUGCUGGGAAAUGAACGAGCAACAGCAAAGGAGAUCAGGGAUGAAUAUGUGGAGACGCUGAGUAAGAUCUACCUGUCUUACUACCGCUCUUACCUAGGGCGGCUUAUGAAGGUGCAGUAUGAGGAAGUCGCUGAAAAAGAUGAUCUAAUGGGUGUGGAAGAUACAGCAAAGAAAGGAUUCUUCUCGAAGCCAUCCCUCCGCAGCAGAAACACCAUCUUCACCCUGGGGACCCGUGGUUCUGUCAUCUCUCCCACUGAACUUGAAGCCCCCAUCCUGGUGCCCCAUACAGCCCAGCGGGGAGAGCAGAGGUAUCCGUUUGAAGCCCUCUUCCGCAGCCAGCACUACGCCCUUCUAGACAAUUCCUGCCGCGAAUAUCUUUUCAUCUGUGAAUUUUUUGUUGUGUCUGGUCCAGCUGCACAUGACCUAUUCCAUGCUGUCAUGGGCCGUACACUUAACAUGACCCUGAAACACCUGGAGUCCUAUCUAGCUGACUGUUAUGAUGCCAUUGCUGUUUUUCUCUGUAUCCACAUUGUUCUUCGGUUCCGCAGCAUUGCAGCAAAGAGGGAUGUUCCUGCCUUGGACAGGUACUGGGAACAGGUGCUUGCCUUGCUAUGGCCACGGUUUGAGCUGAUCCUGGAGAUGAAUGUCCAGAGCGUUCGAAGCACUGACCCUCAGCGCCUUGGAGGAUUGGAUACUCGGCCCCACUAUAUCACACGCCGAUAUGCAGAAUUUUCUUCUGCUCUGGUCAGCAUCAACCAAACAAUACCCAAUGAACGGACGAUGCAGCUACUGGGACAGCUGCAGGUGGAGGUGGAAAAUUUUGUCCUCCGAGUGGCAGCUGAAUUCUCCUCAAGGAAGGAGCAGCUUGUGUUUCUGAUCAACAACUAUGACAUGAUGCUGGGUGUGCUGAUGGAACGGGCUGCAGAUGACAGCAAGGAGGUUGAGAGUUUCCAGCAGCUGCUCAAUGCUCGGACACAGGAAUUCAUUGAAGAGUUGUUAUCACCUCCUUUUGGGGGUCUGGUGGCUUUUGUAAAGGAGGCUGAAGCUCUGAUUGAGCGUGGACAGGCUGAGCGACUUCGAGGGGAAGAAGCCCGGGUAACCCAGCUGAUCCGUGGCUUUGGUAGUUCCUGGAAAUCAUCAGUGGAGUCACUAAGUCAGGAUGUAAUGCGGAGUUUCACCAACUUCAGAAAUGGAACCAGUAUUAUCCAGGGAGCACUGACUCAGCUGAUCCAGCUCUAUCAUCGCUUCCACCGGGUGCUAUCUCAGCCCCAGCUCCGAGCCCUUCCUGCUCGGACUGAGCUCAUCAACAUUCACCAUCUUAUGGUGGAGCUCAAGAAGCAUAAGCCCAACUUCUGAUGUGCCGGUAUACACCCUGAGAUCUGCCAGUCCUUUCCAUGGACUUCUAUACCCCAUCCCAUACCUUUCUUCACCUGGGGUCCCCUUGCUGGUUCUUCCCUGCCUCCCAAGCCUUUGAUAUGCCUCAGCCUACCUGCAUUCCCAGGACCCUACCUCAACAGAAAUAGCUGGAUCCCCUGGGCCUUCUGAAUCUCCCAGUGUCUUCAGGUUUCCCAAGACCACUUCCCCCUGCUCUUCCAAAGUGACCUUUAUCAUUUUUCCAAUUUUGUCACGCUCCUCUCCUGCUCCCACACACCCAAGGCUCAUUUCUUCCCUCAGUAAAAACCUUCACUGCCUCACUCAACUCUUAUCACCAUGUCCUGAGGCAUGAAGCCUCAGCUGUUGGAAUGGUAGCAAGGGGUGACUGCCUCCAAGUCACUUGAUUUUCUUUUUUUUUGCUCAAGGUGAUUUUUUUCCCCUAUAGCUUUUUGACCUAAAGUCUCAGUAUCUUGAACACUAAUUCAUCCCUUCUGACCUGAGAAUUAUUCCAAGGUCCAUCUGCAGAAAAUAAUAAAUAUUUAAUAUGACAU